CAGAGUGGACGGUCUUUGCUGAUGCUCAUGCCAAAUUCCCCAAGGGCUGUCCUUGUCAAUCAAAAGGAAGCUGCUGCCACGUCAUGCAAGGGAACAAGAAUUUUCAAAAGUCUUUUUAUCCAGCGGAUCUGGCGUCUGCAACCUCAUGACUCCAUUUUCGAGACAUUAUGGAGACGCGAAGUCUAGCCGGAUAUGGGAAACAACCAGCUACGCAGCUCGAGCUGCUAAACGAUCUCAAUCGGCAGCGCUUGAACACUCUAUCCGAUUCUCAGGCGAGACUUUCAUCUAUUAGAGAGGACUUAUUGAUCGAGCGGGAAAGAGUAAGAGCUACUCGCCGCAAGGUUCGACAGAAGCGGAUAGAUGCUGGCAACGCAGAGGCGAGUUUCAUGACUCGACUGAGAGAGUUUGUCAACGAUUACCCAGAUGAACUCUCGAGGGCGCUCUUGGCCGCAUACAAUCUUGUCAGAGAAGCACGGGAUGAUCUGGGUGAGCUAGAAGACGACUAUCUUGGGGCCGAAAGCGAUCUUACUGGGGCGGAAUGGACAUUUGUCGCCCGCGAGACCCAGUUCUACCAAUUCGAUAUCAACAACAUUUUCUCUGGGCCAGACAACGAACAGCUCGGUUCUCUACACGAUCAACGUCUUGAGACCUCACACCAUCUACCACUCUCUCACAUACCACCUUGCCCUACAGGAUCAUUGUCUCCCAGUCAAGUCUUGAAGCUACCGCCCCCACCACCUCCUCCGCAAUUUGCUGCUCCACCACCAUCUUUGGUUCUUGCUUCUUCUGCUAUCGCAGCUCAGCCUCCGCUCGUUCGAGUUGAUCGAGAAUAUGCUGCCAUGGUGGCAGGCGUCGAGACUUUGAAGAAAGAACUCGACAAAAUGCGGCAAACGCAAGCCAGUAACAUUACUUGGGAUGAUGGAGAUGACGUGUUCUUCCCGGAAGGAAAAGGGCUUCCUGAUGGUAAUCUCACAACCUCUGCAAGCGAGUUUGGGAACAUGGUAUACGAGCUCUCUACACGGAAGGCCAAAGCCGAGAAAUACAAAGCUGAAGAAAUGUUUCCGGUGCUGGCUGCCUCACGUUUGGCGAGGAGAUCUUCUGAUCCAGCAAAUUCAUACAGAACUAUACCCGAAGAUUCGACUGCAAUGAGACGAACGCAAACGGAAAGCGCCGCUGCAUCUAUGCGAAACAAUUUCCUUGUAAGAGAGAAGAUUCGAGCAUGGUCCCUGACGCACCUCAAGGAAGAUGCUGUGCAAAAGCGCCUGUAUCUGAACACUCUUGCAUACUACGGGAUAGCAAGCCUCAUCGAGGAUGACUGGGAACUUCGAGCAGCACAAUUCUGGAGUCAUGAUAGCCUCGUCGAGAGCGAGAACGCGGAACGUUGCAAGACAGGUUCCGUCAACGAGAUGAGGUGUAAUCCUGGGUCGCACCACGAUUCAGACUCUCAGGUAUUGCACGAGGAUCCACAGGAGAGUUGUGACGACGACUCAUCGAUACCAUCUUCGCAGCUGUCACACUCAACGGAUUCUGAUGACGACAGUCCGAAGACACCCUCGGAUAGACCUGCCAUGGUUAAGGAACCUCACAAAGCUGAGGAUCGUGAUCCAGGAGAUGAUAUCGUAGCCGAAGUCGUAUGUACCUGUCCAGUGGAAUAUGGCGACGCAGCCCAACGAAAGGACAGUGUUCAGAGUACGAAGAUAGAGCAUCACAUCAGCUGCGCUAGGUAUAAACCGGAAGUCAAGACAAGAGCCUCCUCACAAGUGUCAAACAACAUCCGGACGAAGACUGAUGCUUCAGUAGCUCGUGAUCGCUGUGGUCUGGCGCAGGAAGAAGACUUCUUGGGUCUACCUAUGUCACCCACUGCAAACUCCGAACCUGUGGAUGGUGCAUGCUUUCAAUCGAUAUCCGAUACUAUUGCGCAGCCUGCUUCGACAAACCCUUGGAUACGUACAGCUGAGCUGUCGGCGCUCGACCACACUAGCAAUCUCCAAUUUACCGAUGCUUUGAACAAGCCUCAUUCUCGACCACCCCUUCCACAACGGAGGAGUUCAGGCAAUCGGCUCAAGGAGUGGCUUUCCUCGGUCAAGAAACUGCGGAGCAAAAGCACUCCCACAAUCGCGAUUCAUGAAUCUGGAGGUCGUGCAUGACAGCAAUCGGUGACAUGACAGUGUCCCGUCACCCUAUGCCGAGAGCCGUUCGCAUCAUUUCUCGGUUAUUCUUUCCAUCCUCCUCACAAAUAUACCUGUUACUGGAUGUUUCUUCAACACUGUAUAGUUCACGGACGUAAGAUUACAGGAGCACGCCUUUUCAUUUCCGCAUAUCUGUUCAGGCAAAGUUCGCCGGUUUUCAUUACUGGGCGUUAG